AUGUCUCUCCUGCUGUGGAGGAGAGGGACGACGAAGACGCUGAGCACAUGGCUGUUCAUUGCUUGUUCCCAUGUUGCGGCUCAAUACGAAGGAUCCCCCUCUGACCUCAAUGAGGCUGGCGAGAUCGCGGGUGGACUAUGGUGGGACAGCUACGGGAGGCAAGUACGAGCAGAUCGCCCCUGGGCAUGGUGGAGGCUUGAUGAUGCCGGUGUAAGCCAGACAGCAGCAUGCGCGGCUCCACAGGCUGAAGGCUGCAUGCCGGGAGCGUACAGGUGCGACAGACUUGGGCUGCAGCCAGGAGGAGUGGCAGCAGUGACAGGGGUACCGUACUCGCUCAGUGCAGUGACAGUAGCAGGAGAAGAGGUUGCAGGAGCGGCCAGACUGGCUGGAAUCGCCUGCUUUCAGCUUUCGUUUAACCCUCCCAGCAGCUUUUCCUGCUCCCCCAGCCCCACGAUCCCUCCCCCUGUCGCUGCUCCUUUCUCGCUGGAGUUGUGGGUCCGUCCUCUGCAGAGCGGAGAGGGAGUGGCUCAGAACGUGCUUGCCAUGCAGUGCGGAGGGAUGUUUGAACUUGCUCUCACGGAACUUCUGCACCUAUCCCUCUCGUUGCCCGGCCUACCUGCUCCCUUGCUAUCUCAACGAGCCCUUGCGACUGAGGUCUGGGGGCAUGUGGCCAUCUCAGUCGAUGGAUCUUGGGUCCACUUGUACAUGAACGGGACCAGGGAGGGUAAGAAGCAGCUCCUCCGGGGACAAGGAGCUCCGUUGUGUUCGUCUCAGCCCUGUACCAUCACCGUCGGAGGAGGAGCUCGCUUCUUGAAUGCAGAUGUCGAUGAGGUAGCAUUCUACACCAAGUCUUUGUCGCAGACACAGCUUGCUCGUCACUUUGUUGCUAUAUCAUACAACAGCAACUUCAAAAGACCGCACUCGUCAUGUCUCAGCCCUCCUCAGACGCACCUCAACCCGGUUCAAAGCUGCGCAGUAGCAGACGUGGGGCAGAAGCGUCUGGACCAGCUCGGUGACGAGUAUCGGAGCAGGAGGAGAAGUGCUGACAAGCUUCUGGCAGCUCAUAUGGCCAACGGCCGACCAUCCGUCCCCGCCAGUGAGCUUGACAGCCGCAGCAGCAACCCUGUCAUGCAGGGCCCGGACCCUUGGCCAGUCAACUCUGCUAUGGCAGGUUGA